UUUUGCCCCCCUCCUGCAGUUCAGUAGCCCCCUCCCCCAUCCACCAAAUGCAUACACUCACCUCUCUAAUGCUCUGUGUUAAGGGCAUCAGGAGCAUUCUUCCUCGCCAUGUGCCUCUGUCACUCAAGUACACACAGCCACACACAGUCGUGUUUCCACUGUGUCCUCUGUGUUCCCAGCACAAGCCUGGCACUCUGCUCUCUGUGAGCACACUUCUUUUCAAACCGUCUCUCGGGAGUCUGGGAAAAAGACCUGAACACUGCCUAAAUCUGCUGCGCCUUAGCAGCUUUUUGUCUUCCAUCAACUGUUUUGGUUUUUGGUGGAAGAAUAGAGUAACAAGAAUAAGACAGUCUUCAAAUUCCAAAGCUGCAUUUCUCCCAAGAUGGCACCUGUAAAAUUUUGGGUGGUAGGUCUCCUGCUUGUGCUGCUGUGCUCAUCCCAGGUCCCUUUCUCUGUUAUUGUAAGUGCGCAAGACUUGAACGAACUGGAGGAAAGCCUCCAUGAUAGAAAUGCUAAGGAGGCUGAAGAAAGUGAAACGGCUGAGGUUGGUGAGGGGAAUGAAGAAAAAGAUGAAGACUCAGAUGAUGAUGAUGAUGAGGUAGAGACUGAUGAAAAGGUGGAAGAAGAACAGGAGGAUGAGAAGGAGACAGCAGAGGAGGAAGAUGACAAUGCUGAUAAUGAGGAAGAAGAUAAUUCUCAGGAGAAUGGGGAUGUUGAGAAGGAAGAAGAAGGUGAGGCUUCAGAUGAGGGUGAUGCAGAAAAGGAAGAAUAUGAAGCAGAGGAGGAUGAAGAAGGUGAGGCUUCAGAUGAGGAUGAUGCAGAAAAGGAAGAAUAUGAAGAAGAAUAUGAAGCAGAGGAGGAUGAAGAAGGUGAGGCUUCAGAUGAGGAUGAUGCAGAAAAGGAAGAAUAUGAAGAAGAAUAUGAAGCAGAGGAGGAUGAAGAAGGUGAGGCUUCAGAUGAGGAUGAUGCAGAAGAGGUAGAAUCUGAAGAAGAAUAUGCAGCAGAGGAGGAUGAAGAGGAAGAGGUGGAGGCAGAUGCAGAUGAGGAGGAGGAAGUCCCAGCUAAUAAUGAGGAAGACGAUGAGAAGGAAGCAAGGCAAGAGGGUGACGAUGAAGAAACUCAAGGAGAGGAUGUAGAUGAGGAUGACUCUGAAGAUGAAGAUGAUGAGUCUGAAGGUAAAGACACAAAGGACAACCAAGGUGACUCAGAUGAAGAGAAGGGAGCUGCUGACACUCCACAGUUCCACUCUGGAUCGUUGUGUAGUGUUUGCUCCAUUUGUGAGCAUUGCUCUACUAACUGUGCCAAGUGCCCGUGUGAAGAAGGAGAUGUGUCUGAUCACUGCGAGCACUGCCAAGGUUGCUCAACCUGCUACAUUUGUCCCAUUCUUUGUGACACAGUUUGCACACCGGGUGGUUUUGUUGAUGAGCUGACUGGAUCCCUUUUUCAGACUGUUGCCUCUCUGCUCUGAGCUCCCUGGGAAUUAUGUCCGUUUGCUUUAAUGUGGAACUGCUCACCAGACUUCACCACAUCCCACACAAGCUUUUUAUGAAUUUUGCAAACAAAAGCAAAGACUUAUUUAUGAUUUAAAUGAUACUUAAUUCUUUGUUGUAAGAAGAACAGAAAAAAGUCAGUGUGCACAAUUUUUCCACACAUGAUUUCUUCUUUCACUCUUUCCCCCCACUUUUUUUUUUUGUCUUUUUAUUAUUUCUACCAAAGUCCCAAAAUUUGAUAAAGUCAUCUUUUUACUUAUGCCAAAAACAUUAUGUGAUUGUAAGGUUUUGGAGUUUUUCUAACUGUAGGUUUAGGAAUUUGGGAAAUUAUUCUUUUUUAUUGUGAGAAAGGGCACAAUUUAACAUUUAGCUUCACAAUUACAUAUCAAAUUGAAAAACAAAAAUAACUGUUCUGGUUUCAGAAAUCCAGCUGGAUCUAGAGACACAGUUUGUGCAUGGUGUUAAUGGAACACACACAGACACGCACACAUGCACACAGACAUAUAGGAGCUUGUCAUGAAUCAUGCAGACAAAAAAGAUAUAUAAUAUAUACAUUACCAGUCAAACAUUUGGACACACCUUCUCAUUUAAUGGUUUUUCUUUAUAUUCAUGACUAUUUAUAUUGUAGAUUGUCACUGAAGGCAUCAAAACUAUAAAGGAACACAUGGAAUCAUGAAGUAAACCAAGAAAUGUGAAAUAACUCAAAACAUGUUUUAUGUUUUAGGUUCUUCUAAACAGCCAUGAUUUGCUUUGAUCACUGCUUUGCAUAUUCCUGGCAUUCUCUCGAUGAGCUUCAUGAGGUCGUCACCUGAAAUGGUGUUCCAACAGUCUUGAAGGAGUUCCCAGAGAUGCUGAGCACUUGUUGGCCCUUUUGCCUUCACUCUAUGGGAGUGGGACCAAAGAGCUCAAAUUUGGACUCAUCAGACCAAAGCACAGAUUUCCAAUGGUCAAAUGUCCAUUCCUUGUGUUACUUGGCCCAAACAAAUCUCAUCUGCCUGUUGCUUUUCCUUAGAAGUGAUUUCUCAGCAGCUGUUUGAUUCGCACAGUCUGCUCUGAACAGUAGAUGUAGAGAUUUGUCUGCUACUGGAACUCUGUGUGGUAUUUAUCUUGGCUCUAACCUGAGGUGCUGUUAACUUGCAAUUUCUGAGGCUGGUGACUUGAAUGAAUGUAUACUCAGCAGCAUAGAGGACUCUUGGUCUUCCUUUCACGGGCCGUUUCUCAUGUGAGCCAAUUUCGUCGUAGCACUUGAUUGAUUUUACAAUUACACUUGGGGAUACAUUCAAAGUUUUCUUGACUGACUGACCUUCAGUUGUUAAAGCAAUGAUGAACUGUUGUUUGUCUUUACUUAGCUGAUUGUUUCCUGCCAUAAUUUGAAUUCUAACAGUUGUCCAAUAGAGCUGUCAGCUUUGUACCAAUCUGACUCCUGCGCAACACAACUGAUGGUCCCAAUCUCAUCAAGAAGGCAAGAAUUUCCCCAAAUGAAGCCUGACAAGGCACAGCUGUGAAGUCAGACCAUUUCAGGUGACUUCAUCAUGAAGCUCAUUAAGAGAAUGCCAACGGUUUGCAGCGCUAUCAACAAAGAAAAGGGUGGCUGCUUUCAGGAAUCUAAAAUAAAGGCAUAUUUAGAGUUGUAUUUUUUUCUUUGCAACAUAAUUCCAUAUAUCAUGCUUUAUAUACUUGAUAGGAAUAUGUGUGACUGCACUAGAGGAAAAAAGGACCAUGAACAUUAUGACAAAUUGCAAUUUCUCAUGUUGUGUCCUUUUUGAGUUCUCGUGCUUGCUUCCUGUUAGAGUACAAUUUAAUGCAAAACACUGUAAAAAGAACUGUUUUGCCAUUAUCCAAUAAAACAUUUAGUUCUUUUAAUAAAAAUGUGUUUAGCAUGGUUGCUUUUUGCAUCAUCUGUAUCCUUUAGCUUCUGCGAUUUAACUGUUACAGUCUCUAAAUGGUUCACAAUAAAUUGGGUUCAGAAACGGAAGUUGUGAGUUAAAGAUUUUGUAAACAAUAAAACCCGGAAGCCAGUAAAGCACCGGUGCAAAUGUCAGAUGUCAUGACUUAUAUUUCUCAAUAGGUAAUUCAGGCACUUAGUCUUACAUAACACACAUAAAGGUAUAAAAAACAGAUUAUCAAAAAGGAAAAAUGGUCCAAAUCAAAGUUCAAACUUGAUACCAACAUUUUAAAAAUAUUUUCCAACAAGUAAACAUGCAAAUGUGUCAAUCAAACAGGGACUCUGUGAUCCAUGUCUUUUUUGUUAGCGGUUUGUUGUCUUUAAGAUCAAACCAAAACAACUGUGCUUGUUUUGUCGACAUACUGCCACAGACUAAGAGGCAGUACUUAUUGUGACAAAUGAACCAAAGUAAACAGGAAAAAUUGAUCUACUGUACUCAGAAGUAAACAUCAGAUGAUUAAAUAAUAUAAUGUAUUUUUAUGUAAAUUAGUAAGGUCAGGUGCGAUCUUUCUGUGCUUCCCAACUACUUAAAAAAUCUUUGUUCAUUUGUCAGUGAAUUGACAAAGAAAAUAAGAAAAAUAACAACCAACAAAUUGUAAAAAUCAUGAACAUUGUCAUGUCAAGAUCAAGUCUUUCACUGAUCCGCACAAUCAUUUGUCUUAAUAAACAAUCAUUGUCACUGUGUCAGUUUACUCCAUACCUCGCCAUCAUCUUUAAUGUUUUGGAAAAAGGUGUUGUGUGUUUGCUGUAUUUCCGUUCUGCAUAAACACAAAGAGAACUGGGCCUAACAAAGCAUAGGGAUGAGUGUGUGAGGACAUGAAGGACAGAAACCCUUUUUGUGUAGAUUCACUUACCAAAGUGAUGUGUGUAUACACAGUGGUUGACAUUAAACAUGACCAGGUAACAGGUCUGUGUGAUAACAAAUUGUAAAUCUCUGUACCUUUACCUAUCAAUAUUUUGUAAUAAAUUGACAUAUGAAUGAAAUUUGACAAUUGGUUUUUAAUAAAUUUGUCACCACUUUUGGCUGACUAGUGUAAAUACUGCGGUUUGUAGGAAUCAUGUCUUAAUUUAUUUGCUGAUCUUAACAUUUGUCAAUGUUUUGUGUAUAAUAGUUUUAUUUUAUUCGAUAAUAGUUUGUGGAUGGUCACAUGAUUGGGGUUGUAUUGAAUGCUAAUAGGCACC